UUGAAGACAGACGUUUUUGGAAACGUAAAAGUGUCCUUGUGACCAGAGCCAGAGCUAUAGACAGAGGAGAGAAACCUUUAGAGAUUAGCAAGCAAGAGGAUGUACUUGGAAAACUGGUAAAGGAACAAUCUAGUCCAAAAAGAAUACAUAUUGGCAAGCUGAAUACGAAUAAACUUAGUCUGGAGCCAAAUGAUAUGGCUUUGAAGACAAGCAGAGUAAAGUAUAGCUCAAGAAGAAAAAGUAGAAAGACAAAGACCACUUCUCAGAAGACCACCAGCUCCUUUAAUGAUCGUAAGAAGAAAGAAAAGAAGAAGAUCCAAGAGGGGAUUCAAUGGGUUAGACAAGUCAGCCCCAUUAAGAAAACUGAUUUUCAGAAGCAAUAAAGACUCUCUUUAAUUGGAGCGAGAAGAUAAAAGCAGGCAUGGAUGAUGAUAUGAACUCUAUAAAUUUAAUUACUAGUCCUGAGCUCCAAUCUAAGAUGAAGUUCUUCUUCAGUCCCUACGGCUAUUCCAAAUCAGCUGCUUUCUACAUGAAAUUCAAUGAAGGACAAGUCAAGGAGGAACGCCUCAAUUCAGAAAAUCAAAUAUCUUAUGCGAAAAUGUGGAAAUAAAAUAUCAGAUUUUGUUCUCAAAGACGACACCACUGAAUUCAAAAAGACUAUCGACACUAUCCGCAGAAACCAGAUCGACAAAUGGGUCAAAAACAUCUGGAGCAAAUAAAGAUAGAAAUAAGCCCAAAUAGCGUCCAAAAAAGAACUAAAGUUAACAAAGCAUCUGCUACAGCAAGGAUCAGCAUCAAUGAGCUUGGAGAAAACAAAAAAAUGAGUAAAUUAACGAAUGAUCCAGCUCAUUGAGACGACAGAACCUCUAGUAUAGACACUAAAUCUCCUUCAAAUAACGGUAAAGAGCAUGAUCUGACCAAUAUGAUGAAUUUCACUCGUAAUUUAAAAACAAUGAGAGCUCGUUGUAGUCCUAAAUAAAUCAAAUCAUUCCAAACUUAGCAUGAUAGUUGACAACAGCAACAACUAUAGCACGAGUGAAUCAAAUUCUUUAACUGGGAGCUUGACUGAGAGUAAAUCUCAGUCAUCUCUCCCUCAUCACAAGAAGAGCAAGAAAAAAUCACCACACAUCAAAAAAAGUUUCAACUGCAAAGCACCAGUUAUUAGCUCAUUUCAGAAACUAAAAAGAGUGAGCUUUACCAGGAAGAACUUCAAGCCAAAUGAUUCCCUUCAUUAUUCCUGAAAAGUAUCCAAGCCUUUCAAUAACAAGCUUACCUCCAUCAAAAAAGAUUCAAGGGCCCAAACCAGCAAAGAACUAACCUUGUUAGACACAAAGAAGGACAGCAUUAACUCUCCUUUGCAUUCGCCAAGAAUUUACAGUACUCCAAGGAAUAUGGAAAAAGACAAAAGAAGGCCUGCUUUCUUCUCAAAAGAACACCCAGCUUGUAAGAAUGAGGAGGAGGAGAAAAGGCUACAUAGCAUCGAAGAAAAACAAGGUUCAAAAUUACCUCAAAAUAUGUCCUUAAUAACUUCAAAUCUUGAUUUCAAAACUAUCAGCAACUAUUACUACAGAGGGUCGAAAUAUAUCUCUGGGAUGACAGCAGACCAUCCUUCUGAGAUCAUAGAGCGCCCAGCAAGUUUCUCAAUCACACACAGGCAAAAUUUACUUGGAAUAAAAUAAAUCAAGCAAGAGUUUGCUUUAACUUGUAGAAUCUGCUCAUUUAGCAAAACGCUCAUCUAAAAGAAUGCUCAAGAAUGGGAAAAGGAAUCAAUCAACCAAGCACAGCAGAGGAAAUACAAAUAAAGUCCUCAACCACCGCUCAAUCUUAUUCCAGAAUCAGUCUAUGAAGGAACAACCACAUAUCAAGCACCAAAAUUUACUAAAAUCUGGCUCUAGAACUCCAAAAGGGCGCCAGAGGUUGAUCAGUAACAAGAGAUUAAGGAGGCUCAAAAUAUCAUAUAAGCUAAACUCUCCAUUACAGAUCAGUAUUACUAAAUAAAUAGUUCAGUUUUAACCAAGCUCCAGGAAUGCUUCUAAAGAACCUCAGUCAAUGAUGAGAGAAAGUUUAAUAAAUAAGCUAUCCAUAGGCCUCAGUUUUACAACUCACUAGGUUCAGAUUUUAUUGUAAUAUAUUCAGCAGAACUGAACACCCU